CUCCGAGAUGGCCGAGCCGGGGGCAGGGGCAGCAGGCCGUGCCAGAACGCUGCGGCCGCGGAGCCGGACCCCCCGGGGCAGGAGCUGGGAGAGGAGGAAGAUCCGGAAGGAAGUGAAGACACUCCCGAGCCCAGUACAGCCAGCAGCAGCACGCCCACGGAGACUGUGGAAGACCUGAGUGACCUGCAGGCCUCCUGCCUUCAGAGCCAGGACCUGCCCAGGAGCGCGGGGGACCCCAGAGACCAGGAGGAUGAGCGGGGCUCCCCUAGUUCCCCACAGAAUAAGAACAGAGUGAACCCCUUUAACCAGGGGCCCCUGCGGGCCCCCAGUUUGCCUGCCUGCCCCCCGCACGUCAUGGCCCAGGUGCACGUGCGCAACGCACCAGCAGGGGGCGCUGCCCUGCCGCGGGGGGAGCGGGAGAGGAUCGUGGGGAGGCUGCAGGACAGCAAGAGCCUGGACGGGAUCAGCCAGGUGUGCGCGGGGCCCCGGGGCCGGGACAGGCAGGGCCCCGGGGCCGAGGGGCGCAGGGCCACGAUCUCCAGCGCCCUGGAGCUGGAGGGCACGGUGAGCCACGACGGCGAUCUCACACACUUCGUCGCCAACAACCUGCAGCAGAAGAUCAAGAUGAGCUCGCGGCAGAGCCUGGACUCGGACAGCUCAGUGCGGAGCAGGGGGCCUCAGAGGAAGCUGGCAGACAUCCCUCCCAUUGACCCCGGGGUGCUGCUGGACCUGCAGAGACACACGCAGGACGUGGCACACAGCGUGGAGCUCAUGAUGCGGAGCCUCAACAGCACCAUCCAGAACAUGACCGCCCUAAGUGUGGGAUACAUCCAGACGUACAGGGACUCUGUGGACAGCCUGGGCGAGUCUGUGGACAUGAGCAUAAAGGGCAUGUACACCCUGAUGGCGCGCUGCGAGGAGCUGGAUCGCUCCAUGCAGCCGAUCCACGGCCUGGCCAAACAGAUCCGCGACCUCAAGCGCACCCUGGACACGCUGGAGUCUCUGUGCAAGUAGUCCGGCCGGGAGAAGGGGGGGCCACCGGACAGCCCCCCCCCCUCUCCCAUCCCCCCCACACCUCCAGCGCGCACAGAUCUGCACACGAGCUUCCCGCUCCCGGCGCUAUGCCGCAUCAUCGUCCUUGCCUGCCCCCCCCGCAUCCCUCUCCCGGGAUUUCCAAGCCUGCGGAACACCCGGAUGCCCCCCAUCCCCAGUCCCCCCCGGCGGAGAUGAGCCUCGGAGUCCCAUCUUCCGUCCCCGCAGCGCGGAGGGGGGGCGCAGGCGGGGCGGGUCGCCCCGAGAUGCGAGAGCAUGGCGCGCGCGGGGGUCAUCAAAAGACAAGUUCCAGAAGCGCAGGGUCUGUCUUUCAUGCGUACACAGCCUGGGUUAGUGCACGUUGUCAGAACAACCCUGUGUGCCAGUCCCAAGUUAGGUGUUAUAUUUCUAUGUAAAAAGUUAUGUAAAAUAUAACGGUUUCAUAUUUUGUAGCGUCUGAUGUAAAGAUUGCUUUUAUUAACUAUUUUUCCAAACUUCUGACGGCCAGGUCUCCUAAUGCUGUAGUUCUCCCGGUUCCUUGUUUUCCUCAUUUGCGUGUGCCGGAAUGUGGUUCAUCUUCGUGUUGAAUGUGCCGCCUCCGAGAGGAGAGCCGUCUCUGAGUGUUCCUCAUUAACGCGUAUGCUGACGGGGGGGGGACACGAUCUUGCUAAGUGAAGGGUUUCUCUGCUAGCUCCACCUAAACCGCCCGACGAGUCCCACGUGUCAUAUCGUUGACGUUUCAGCCCAGACUCCCUCCGUGCGCCGCUCGUUACCUCGGGAUCUGUGACCUUCCGUUCCGCGAUCCCCGGUUGUACCCUCCCUCGAGGUUUGCACUGUCCAGUUUGCGCUGUCGAUCCUUGAACCCCCUCCUGCUGUCCUGAGACUGCUCUGCUGUCAAGUCCCGAGUCCUGAAGGCAGGCUUUCUCGCACGCCUCGGCACCCACUCUGGUCCAGGAAGCGCUUGGCCUCCAGCCUCUGCGGAAGUGGGCUUUUCUCCAAACCUUGUGACCGGCUGACCGACUGAGUGACCCCUGGUGAACUCUUUGCUGUGUGAGACUGAAUCUCUGCCUGUCAGCGGGAUGCUGCUUAUACUGCGCCCUCUCCCCAGUUCUCUGCUGCCCGGUUUUCUGCUGGGGGAGUGGACCGAGCUUUGGUGCCGCAGAGCUGAGGUGAAGUGACCCCGAACAUUGAUGGACAGAAUCUACCGGUCCAGGGGGUAUGAACAGAGUUACGGGUUUGUCUCUGCGACACUGGUUCUGUAAAUAGGUACGACAAUUUCUGUUUUCCCUGCGUUAAAUUUACUGUUUGUCCUAACUGUACGUUUUAAAAAAAUCCACAAUAAAUUGACAAAAAAACUGAAAA